AUGUCUAGGAAGGUUGCCAUCGCCCUCUUGUUCUCGGCCUUCUUUGGAUUGGCUGCCGCCAGUGGCUACCGCCAGGACGAUCACGAGGAUGCUCGUCAUGGUAAGCACGGUUCGGAUCGAUCAAAGGGCGAUCGCGAUGCCCCCCGCCGCGUCUCGAAGAUGCUCGACAGCUACAAUCUCCCCCAGGGGAUGUUCCCUCUGCCGCUGGUGACCGAUUUCUCGCUGGACGAGGAGGAUGGAUCGUUCGAGAUGCGGCUGAGCCGGUCGUGCUAUGCGAAGCUCGAGGAGGAGCUGCUGUGGUAUGGCGAGGAGAUCAAGGGAAAGGUGAGGUCCAGCAGGAUCGAGGAUCUCUCGGGCGUCCAGGCGAGGGAAUUGCUCGUGUGGCUGGCCGUGAAAGGGCUCCAUGUCGAUGAUCCAGAGACUGGGUUUGUCUACCUUGAGAUUGGGCUCACGUACAGCCGCCUCUCCGCCCAGUCCUUCCAGGAGCCACCGCCAUGCUCGGACGAAGCCAGUUCCUCCUUCAUUAGAUAGGUAGAAAUAUAAAUUUGUGAAAGAUUAAAUAAAAAAUGUUUUUAAAGGUUUAAAGUAAA